UGUGCCUUAUAAAAUAGUCCAAGUUAUAUGGACCAUCAUAUUUUCCGUAUGCGUUUGUUCAAGUAAUUGAGAGAUUUCCUUACUUAAUCUCUUCUAACUAAUUGUUUCAAUCGUUUAACGUUCUUCUUCUAUCCCCCAACUGUCCAACUGCCUAGGUAAGUAGAUAUACAAACUCAAUACCGUGUGUAUGACUGUCUAGUACUGUCCAAUUUGUACGGUUCAGUGCACGGUCUCGGCCUGUGCCGGACAGCCGGGUUAGCGCGUUGUCUUGUGUGCCGGAAAACCGAUCAAAGUCCAGGGAAAUUCUUCAACCGUCAUACUUGGCAUUCAGGAAAACGGUCGCAUUGGACGAUCGACUUUCGACCACUUUUACAUACUUCUGUCUUUCAAAGGAGAAGUCGGGCGGAAGAUGACGAGCCCUUCAUUCAUUCCAUGAUUGAACAACUCUCUUUUCCAUUCCAGCGCCAGCUACAGCUACUCCAGCUACGCCGUCCACGUCCAACGCGCGCAUGAUGAGCAGUAGCAGCUCUUCUAACAGCUUCGAGCUCACCACCGUCAACAACAGCAGCAACGGCAGCAACUCGGCCGCCAGGCAAGCUCAUGACACGCGGCGUAGCUUCCAUCACCGUACGCCGCCGAGGAGGAGGGCUGGGAGGGCUGAAGGCGAGGCAGGGCUGGACUCCCUGCCUCUCGAACUUCAGUACCUCAUCCUUUCUCACCUAGAUUUAUCUAGCUUAGUCACACUGCGACAGACUUACCCGUUGUACCGCCAAGUCAUCACUGCUGAUGUCGUCCGCAGGCAGUUCACUGCUAGCAACGGUCGCCCCGAUCCGGCCCUGCAUGGGUGCUGCACUGAGUGUCUAUGUAUGCCGGGACUAGAUCGUCUUAUCGUAGAUACGACGCUGUCAGAACUUACGUGGCGGUCAAUCUGUUUUCGAUGCUGGCGUGAUCGCUUGAGUCUCGAGAACCAACGUAAGCACUGGCCACUGGUUGAGAUGGCCAACGGCGACUACGGCUACAUAUGUCACUUCUGCACCUGGCCGGUCCACAGCGGCGCCUCAAAUAGCAGGAUCAAGCAGAUGCAUGCCCCCUGUAGGGUGAGGCGGGUCGUCGUCGUCGUCUCGUGGCUAAUAAUGGCCAUCAUACAAUUCGGUCUCGGGAUGCUGGCUGCCGUGCUGGCCUGGACCAUGUUCCGGAAUUCGUCGACGGUCUUGAUACCUGCAAGCAUCGACUUCGGCCUAGCGAUAUUGGCUCUCUGCAUUUUUGUGGUUCGUGUAGGGACGACGAAUGAGCAGACAUACACGCGCGCACUCGCCUCAGAGCUGAUAAUCACGUUUAUCCGCAUCCCCCCUGUUACUUAUACCGCGCGCGAAACCGUUAUAUCCGAGACCACCCAAGGCGGUCCGCUGCCCAAAUUCGGGUUUGGCGUAUUUUUAAUCAACUUGAUAUUCCGUCUUCUAGACAUGGUCGGCUACACGUUGCUCAACUGCGGCUAUGAUCCGAGGAGUAUCUUUCUGGGGGGGUUGCCUUUAAAGAAGAAGCUAUUGUAUGGCUUUUGCACGUUCAUGGUAUGGUUUGCAUUUAUACCAUUUUGAAAAUAGUUGUAAUGAAUGGCGUGGGCUUCUGGCUCGUCACAUCAAUAAUAGCCCCAUAGGGCCACAAUGUCGACACAUAUACUGUCGACCUACAUAGCAUGUCUUCUUUCACACCAUUCUCAUCAUUAGCAUACCCAGGUAGCGUAUCCUCGGAGGAUAUCUGAUCGGGCAACUAAAUUUCACUAUUAGUUAACAUUGACCGUCGUCCACCAAAUAUUCUUAGCCUUCAAGCUGCAUAUGUCGAUCGACACUAGUCUAAUGCCAAGCCGCCUAGACCAACUUAGUUAUUGUGCUCC